AGAAGGAGAAAGGAGGAGGGAAAUGCGAGGUGGGGAGAAAGGGAUGGAGGAAAACAGAUGAUGAGCGAAAGGAGGAGGAGGAGCAGCGAGGAGGCAGGCACUCACAGGAGGAAUCAGCGACAACAGCAGGACAAUGGGCUGUCUCCGCUCCAGAUCAUAACGGACACCGGGUUUGCUCCAACUAACUGGAUUACCAGGAGGCGAACGUAAAGCAGCACCAGGAUGUGGCCCCCUUUAUCCCUGUUAAUCUGCCGUUCACCCAGGGGCUUUUGAUUUACCAAAAAUGAUGAAGACUGAACCCCCAUCGGCCACAGGGGGCAACGGGGCCUCUGGCGGGAACAACGGGGGUUCCAACCUGCGGAGUCCCUCGCCUCACCGCAAUGCCUACGAGGCGGGGCUGGCAGCUCUGAAGAAGGCCACCGACCACCUCAACAAUGCCGCCAACGGAGCUCCCAACCCCGGCUCCAAACCUCCCCUUCUCCCCCGCCCGACUGGAAGGGGCAAGCGGUACGGGUCCAACGUCCACCGCAUCAAGAACAUGUUCAUGCAGAUGCAGUCUCCAGGUGAUGAAGAGGAUGGUGUCAAAAUGUUAGGUAAGGAAGAGGCACUGAAAUUAUCGAUUCCAAGGGCCUCAAGUCUCAACGAGAAUGUCAACCACAGCGCCUUGCUGAAACUUGGAGAUUCAGUCUCAGAGAGAGUCAACAGGUUUGACUCUAAAACAGGAUCAGAAGGUGGAAACUCCUCUUUUGGUUUGUCCAAACUUCAGGAGACCAGGCGAAUAUUUGAACAACGAACUCUACAGGAGAAGCAAGCCGCUACCAACCGCAUUUUGCUGAAAAAGGAGCGUGCUUCGGGCUUUCAGGACGGUCGUCUAGACGUCGUGGCCCGCUUUAACGGGUCAACAGAAGCUCUAGACCGACUGGACGAUCCUCCAGCGCCCAGUCCUGCUACCCUUCCAUCUGCUGCGUCUUCGGUUGGCCCGAGUGAGGCGGUCAGCCCCACUGUGAGCCAGCUCAGCGCGGCAUUUGAAAAGGGCGACGUGCAAAACAACCUCUACCUCCCCCAGCGUCGGUCAGCCCCUGCCUUAGCGCCAAAACCCAAACCUCCAACUAAAGGAGAUGCAGCUGAAAAAAAGGCACAUUCUGUUGGUAAGGAGACCAAAAAGGAGAUAACAGCAGAAACAACAAACACCACAACAGCUCUGCCACUGGAAGCAGAAGGUUCUGUACAAAGGAGCGCUGCAGGACAGGCUACAUGCCAAGAAAACGAUGGGUUCGGACUGUCAUUAGACCACUACUUAAACUCAUCAACGCCUUCGAUUACAGUGACUGUAACGUCUGCCUCAUUCGAGGCAAAACCUGAGUCCCAGGUGGAAGGAAGCGAAGACACGGAUUUAACUAUGGUGGAGUCCCAGGCCAAAGAAAAGGACGUGUCCAAUGAGGCAACCGGAGGGACGUUGGUCCAGGCCGAGGUUCACGCUUCACUAGAAAAUCGGGAGAAAGAACCUCCGCCUUCCUCCGGCGAGAGAGAAGACUCUGAAUGGAGGGAAGCAGAAGAAGACGAGAACGACGAGGACGGCUCGCGCAGGGAGGAUUACUCAGAGGGAGAUCUCGUAGAAAUCAGUGCUUACAGCGGAAUCGGCGAGGAAGAUUCAGGGGGAAGCCAGCUGGACGACGAGGAUGACGAAGAAGAUGAGGAGGCAUAUCAGCCGGAGAGCAGUUGCUCUGAGAUGCCCGGUCUCCCCGAAGAAGAGGAGGCCCCACCGCCCAGCAGAAAGAUUUGCUUCAGCACAGACCCAAUCAAGGUCUUCACCACCUACUCUAAUGAAGACUACGACCGGCGCAAUGACGACGUUGACCCCAUGGCUGCCUCGGCCGAGUAUGAGCUUGAAAAGAGAGUCGAGAAGCUGGAUUUGUUUCCCGUUGAACUGGAGAAAGACAGCGACGGCCUCGGGAUCAGUAUCAUUGGCAUGGGAGCAGGAGCGGACAUGGGCCUGGAGAAGCUGGGGAUCUUCGUUAAAACUGUCACAGAGGGUGGAGCCGCUCACAGAGACGGCAGGAUCCAGGUGAACGAUUUGAUAGUGGAGGUCGAUGGGACCAGUCUGGUUGGCGUCACCCAGAGCUUCGCCGCCUCUGUCCUCCGCAACACAUCAGGCACAGUCAAGUUUGUUAUUGGCAGGGAAAAGCCGGGGGAGCAAAGCGAAGUGGCUCAGCUGAUCCAGCAGACUCUGGAGCAGGAGAGAUGGCAGAGAGAGAUGAUGGAGCAGAGAUACAAACAGUACAUGGACGACGACGAAGAGACUGGCGAAUACGCUACAGACGAGGAGGAGGAGAUGAGCCCGAUGUUUCCGAACUCCAUCGAGGUUUUCGACCUGGCGGAGAACCAGGACACGUUGUCCCCCGUGGAGCUGGAUCCUGAGAAACUGGCCCACAAAUUCAAGGAGCUCCAGAUUAAACAUGCGGUAACGCAGGCAGAGAUCCAGCUGUUAAAGAGGAAGCUGGCUCAUGCGGAGCAGGAUAAGUUGCGUUGGCGGAUGGAGCGCGCUCAGUUGGAGCAAAACAUCAGAGACAGCAAGGAGAGGAUGGAGAAGCUCGAGGGCUACUGGAUGGAGGCACAAUCCCUGUGUAAGGCUGUGGAUGAACACCUGAAAGAAACGCAGGCCCAGUAUCAAACCCUCGAGAGGAAAUACAACAAAGCCAAGAGAAUGAUUAAAGAAUACCAGCAAAAGGAAGUUGAGUACCUGAAGAAGGAGACCGAUCAGCGGCGUGCACAAGAAGAGAGCGAGGCGACACACAAAGAAGAAACAGACAACCUGCAGGACAAGAUUACAGACCUGGAGACCAAAGUGGAUGCCUUGAAGAGCCCUUCACCACCCUAAGCUGCUGCUAAGUCCGACCUCCUAUCUGUGACCAGAAGAGGGGGUGGUCAGCGUUCAUUCAGACCAGGGCCAUAUUCAAUUCCAACUACCCAUCUGCUGCACGGACAGACCUGUUAAAAAAACUAAAAGCGGCAAUCGUAAAAGAGAGGCUGAGGAGGAUGCGGCCUCUCAUCCCCUCCCAGAAUGCACCACCUGUAAUAACCGGAAUCCUCCUCUUGUGUGUCUUCCUGUCAACCAGCUUGGCAAUCAACUCAAAUCACAAUCACUUGACUUGUACCCCAUCUGUGGAUUUUUGUUUCCUCUCGUCAUCAACGGUAUCUUUCCAGGUUCUAAUUAUAAUUCAACUGACUUCAUUUAAAACAAACAAACAAAAAAAAAAAACGAGAAAAAAAAAAGCGCUUUUAAUACCCAGGCUUGUCACAAAGUGCUUUAUAGACGGUGGGCAUGAAUGCAGAACAAAACGGAGCAGAGGACAAAUGAUUGUUGCUUUUUGAACUCAGCGAACCGCCAGUUUGCUUCUUCUUUUUUUUUCCCCCUCACGAAGAGGACGAGUUGUUCUUCUGUUUGUUGGCAUCGAUCAAUGGACUCAACGACUACUGAGACGAAGAGCGGUGGAACUGACCUGAUGACCCGGCAAGGAAUCCUGAUAGGGAACACAAUGUUUAAAAGGAAAAAGCCAACAGAACGCUGGUAGUUAAGUAAUAAAUACAAUUAAAAAAAUAAAAAACAAAUAAAAUAAAAAAAAUCUGAAAGACACAUUUCUCAUCCAAACCUGUGAAACUGCAGAGAGCCUUGGAAACCCAUGUCUGUGGUUUCCCUCCUUCAGCUGACAGUGUGUCUACCAUAAGGUCUGAAUGGCGGCGGUGUAUAUACUCCCUACUCGUUUAUUUAAAAGCUUUUAACUAGCUUAGGCAGGUUGGCUGGAUCUGGAAGAUCAGAACGAGGCAGUGCCAUGAGUGAAUGAUGCUUCAUAUUCCUCCGUUUCAUCUCUUUUUCUAUCUACAUCAGUGGCAAACAGGGUGUAAGUGUUCUAUUCUGUGCGGGUAGAGCUUCUCAUGUGAGUGCUGUCUGUGGGCUCUACAGGCGCGCCGGACCUCCAGCUCUAAGUUCGUUUACAUAAGAUGUUUUUUUUUUAGCUGCUGCAGGGGCAGAUCAGUAUCGGGUUUCAGAAAGCCGAGCGCAGUGGCAUUCUGAAGCUGCGUUUCCAGUACAAAUGUGCAUAAAACUUUGUUGGCAUCGUUCCGUCAAUGUCGAGAAACCCCCCACAAUUUCUCAAGGUGUUUCUAUUAAAUAAGAAACUCAAUUAAAAUCACAGGUUCUUCUUCUUCUUAAUUGUGCAAUCACACGUUAAAAAGUUUGUUCAAGUGGUAAUUUGUUAAAAAAAACAAAACAAAAAAAAAAACAUGCCGGGCCAACAUCCUCCUACCACUUCCUGUUGUCUUCUUCAUCUUUUCCGCCUGGAGUAACAUCCGGCUGUUGAUCACGUGACUCACGUCAUGUGAAGCUGAGAAAAGGUGUUUUUACCAUAGGGCUGAAAAACCACCUCAUCCUAGCGCAAAAGUUUUUUUGUCUUUUUUCCAAAAUUGCAGUGUUUUCAUUUCACAAUUUCAAUUUGCGCAAUUGUACGGUCAAUGGAAACGCAGCUCUAGACAGUUGUGUGACGCAUUGACGGGGAUUUUUUUCUCCCACGUUUGGAUUUAAGUUGCUCCAAACAUUUCGGAGUCUGACAAUUGUUUUAAGAACAAAUGAUUGAUUGUGGGGGGAAAAAGUUCGACUUUCAGUGUUUCACAUCCCUGACAUAGCCUCUAGCUUUUGUGGUUUGAACAAAACAAAAUCAACAAAAUUAUUGAACAAUAUUCUCCUGUAUUGUUUUUACUGACUUCUACAAAGCUGCUUUAAUCUAAUUUUUUAAAGUCAUAAAAUUAUUCUGAUUCUUAAAAGAAAAAUGAAAAUGCCAGUAUUCUGGAAGGGGAACUGUCUUUAUUUGAUGUUAUGACAUAAAAACCAUAUAAGCAUAAUAAAGCAAUAAUUAGGUCUUGAUAUUUUUAGAACUAACUACAACAUGUUUAUAUGAUACUUUGUGUUUUAAAAAACCCUUAUCCAAAAAGUAUUAAAUACCAAUAAUCCAAAUAAGUCCAAUACUGUGAGCCCACAUAGUAGUUGGUCCCACGCUGGGGUUUUUGGUGUUCUAGUGCUCUAAUCGAGGUUUAUAAGCUAUCAAUAUCUUACCUGCAAUAGAUUAUUCUCUUAGCUUAUUGACUUUGAUGAAAGAGAAAGAUGAGUUAGCAAAAGUUGACCCAAAAGCAAAACAAAUUUCUACUAUAAUUAAACAAUUUCCAUUUUAGAAAUGUUACAGUUGUUCAUUAGAAAGUAAUUUUUUCGGGUUUGCUCAUUCUAAAAAUAAAUCUUCAGUUUACAGGGCAUUCUGGGUAUGUUAACCCAGGUGACUUGCUUAUUGCUAAGCAGAUUGUGUUACGAUCAGUUUGUCCAAGAAACUGUAAUGCAAAAAUAUAAGAAUAACACCAUUUUAUUGAUCAUCUUAUUGAUUUUUUAAAUGUAUGUUUAAACUGGCAUUCUUUUCAGAGACACUCGAGACAUUUUUUAAAAAGUUUUUCACAUGUUAUAUUCUGACAGAUCCAAAUUAACUUGUUUGCUUGUUGAAAAUAAUUAUUGACUUAUGUAAAUUACCACAAGAACUUAAGAUGACUGCUCAACAAAAUCUACUCUGGAAAUCUACCACUUUUGAAAAGCUUAGUUUUUCAUUUACAUUUUUGGUAACAUUUACAUUUUGGUUUUAAAAAUGUCAAAUUCAUUACAAUUUUUUUAAAACAGACUUGAAUAUUCUGUAACAGUGUUUGAACUUUUAGUGUAAAAAACAAUUUGAAAUUGUAUCCCCAAAUAUUUACACCCAAAAAGGUGAAUUGAUUUACAUAAUAUGUAAGGUCUCGCUGCCCUGAGUGCAGAAUAUUUCAAUUCUUCUUCAAUUCUGUAAAUUUUAUAUUUCAGCAUGCCAUGUUGAUUUCCUGCAUGUAACUGUGCUUAGCUAGCCUGUAGGUUGCUACAAAACAAACAUGCUAGUAGCGAAUGAUUUCAUUCUAACAAACUUUUGUAAGGGUAACAAGUACAAGCUGCAGCUCUCACAAAAAUAACAUCUAACAGUUACUUUACCUUCACAUUUAAGUUAAGUUCUUAGCCAUCAGCGAGCAAAACCUUAUUGUGUAAACAGGCACCUAAAAAUCACUUUUUGAAUGCGUAAUUGUCCUUACCCUUUAGCUAGUAACACCUCAAGGUAACGGGUUUCUAUUUUUUUAAUAUUCAUUUUUGAAACACUAAUUGCCCUUAACCACUAGCUGGUAAAAACUUAUGCUAACGGACGUCUAAAUAUUACAUUAUAUUUAUAGUUGAACAAAUAUCAGUACCUUUUAACCGUUAGCGAGUAAAACCUAGGUUUAGCUUAAUUUCUAAAGCCUCAUUAGCUUUAGAAAUUAAGCUAACAGUGCAUAGUGGUUUAACUUCUGGGUCACAUUAGUGUGGGGACACUAACAUGACAAAGCACCAGGUUUAUUAUCCAAAAAAUUCUGUGCAAACAAACGUCAGCCAAAAAUUAGAUGCUCCCUGUGCCAGUAUUCAGCCUACAGAGUUUGAGUCAGUGACAGCUGCCUAAAAUAUGGAAAUAAGAUCUCUUAAGGGCAUUUUGAUGGUGUAUCAAGCUUAUUGUCAUGGUUGUUCAAAAAUAAAUCACAUCUUUGCUCGGGUAAAUGCUAAAAUAUGCUAGGAGUUUUAAAAUCUUGUAGUGGAAGAUAGCUGUUUGGAAUGUGAGUCACUUUGCUUUUUAAAUGCUGAGAAUAGACUAAUCGGCCUUGUCACACUGCUGUUACAGUAUUCUGUAUGUUUUUACAAUUAUAUAUUUAACUGUUCAAAUGUUAAUGGUAUCCACUGGAGAUUAGUUAUUUGUGUGGAUGGUCUAAACGGUGCUUUAGGACAGUAUAGAAACGGUAGAUUGAGUUGCUGUUGUCAGCGAGAGCAGCAGGCUUUUUGUCUCUUAUUUGUCUGAAUUCAUUCAUGACUGUGUUUAUUGAGACAGUGCAGCUUGCUGGCAAGCUAUGAUUAGGACACAUUACUGGUAGAACAGUAAGAAAUUAAAUUGGGCCCAUGUUGUUUUGGUUAGAAAUUAAUUAAAUAUGUUGUUUCUUUUUGUUUUACAGCCAGAAAAAUAUCUGGACAUCAUAAAUAUGCCAUUAAGGAGUUCUCAUCUUCAAAAAUCUUACAAUACAAAUAUCAAAUACACAUGUUUACAUUAUAUCCUCACAGCAGAGGUUUUAUUAGUAUUUGUAUGUUCAGACUGUAGGUGUCAUUUGGUCGAGUUUAGAAAAAAAAGGACUAUGAGCUUCAUAUUUUUGUUUGAGAACAUUUUCAUUAAGAACUCCACACCUGCUGUAUACGGCGUAAACGAAUCAGAUGCUGUAAUUAUUUACACCAAGUAUUUGUUAAGAAACCUGCAGUAUGUUUAAAUAUCAGUCAAACUGGAUGGGAACAAGCUUGUUUGAAAGACUUUUUGUUUGUUUUUAAUAGAUUGAAAAAUCAGCCAUAAGCAACUCACUUGAGUCCUAUUAUGUCUUUAGUAUUUUUAUUACAGUUUCAUCUCUAUUUUGAACUAAUGUGAGCUGUACAAUAGCUGUUGUAUCACCAAAACCGUGGUCACUUUGGGUUUGUCUAAACACAGAAAGUGAUCAGUUUGCCUUUUAAUGAUGUAUUAGUUUAACAUGCUGCUUUUGCCUCUAUGAAGCCUUUACAUGUGUUUUACCUGACGCUGUCGGCCAUUACCCCAUUGUCUGCCCAUUGCUCAUGUCUGCAUUGAAAACAAUAAACUGAAGAAAAUGAA